CACACAAGGCUCUACCCAAAAAGCCCAGCACCACAUCUGGCCGCUCGCCCGAGUUGAGGCGCAGUCGUGAUUCAACUCUCGAACGCGCUACAAGUUCUUCUUCUUCUCUCUCUCUCUACCUCUCUCUCCCUACCCUUUUUUCUCGUCCCCCCAUCUCCCACUUUUGAUUCGGUGGAGAGAACCCCACACACGAUUCCACCCAUCGCCAAAACAAAAUUACAACAAACAAAUUUCAAAAAGUGCGCCCCCGGUUUUUUCAUUAUUUGAAGUGAAUUUCAUUUUGAUUGUGUGCGAAAAGAAGUGAAAUAUAAAUUGAAGAGAGAGAAAAGUGCGAACAGAUUCUCGGCCGUCAUCGCGGCGUGGUGAAUUUCGGCCAACAAUUUUUUCGCCAGCGACACGCUAUAGUAGUCGGAUUUUUCGAUCAAAUCGCAUCGGGGAAUACAAGAGAGAGAGAGAAAGAAAAGAGAAAUAUUGAGUUUCCAUUCUCUUUUUCUUCUUCUUCUUUUUCAUUCUCUCUCUUCGUUUUUUUUUCUCUCCUGCCCUGCUGCUGCUGCUGCUGACUAAAGGUCCGGCACGAAAAAAAUAAAAAGAGAAAAAUAAUCGGGAAAAUCAACGGGCCGGAAAGAAAUGCGGUGUGAAGCGGCCCUGAGAGACCUGGUGCUGCUCUACGGCUCGUUGUCAUCUGCUGUCGACUCGACGACUGAAAACAGUUGAAAUUCGCUUCUUCUUCUUUCUAUCCCGAAAUUGUCAAUUUGUUUUUUUCUCUCUCCCGAAUUCUGUCCACACGAAAAAAGAGAUUUUCAACGUGUUCGUGCGUGCGUGACAACCGGGUAAAAAUUAUCAUUAUUUCUCCAAAAAAAAGUGCGUUUCACGUGUGCGCUAAAUUCGAGUGUGCAAAGUGGACCGACCGAUUUAUCUGCGCGCCAAAUUCAAAUUUUGUUUUCUGAAAAACAAACGAAAAAGACAAUUUUUGUUGUGGGUGGUGAGGAGAAAGAAAUUAUUAACAAAAUGGCUUGUUAUUACCCGUCUGGCAAAUGGUUCCUGUCCGUCGUGCUGGCCGUCCUGGUGGCACUGCUGACCGUCCAGGCGGCCGGUCCGUCAUCCGGCGGCCAUCAGCGCAACAGUAAAAUGAAACCGCCGCCCAUCAUUUCGGAGGAGUCGUCCAACAAGAAUCGUCGCACGUCCGAUUGCCAUUUCGGCAAGAAAGUCUACGAGCUGGAAGAGCGGUGGAAUCCGGACCUGGGCUCGCCGUUCGGCGUCAUGUAUUGCAUCCGCUGCGAAUGUAUAGCGGUGCAAAAGAAACGAAGGAUCGCCGGACGGACACUCUGCCGGAACAUCAAGAACGAAUGCCCGAAACCCAAUUGCGACGAGCCCGUCCUCCUGCCCGGCCGCUGCUGCAAAGUCUGUCUAGAAGACGGAGCCAUCGGUUUGGGACCGUUGAAGGAGGACGUCUCCCGGAUCGGCUUCGACGACGACGACAAGCAAGCCAAAGAUUUCGCGGCUUUGCUGACGAAGAAGACGCCGGCCAGCAGCAGCAGCAGCAGCAGUGGGGCUAGUCAGAUUGUGAAAGGCGGGCCGCCAUUGGCCGACAUGGCCACUGGACGUUUCACCUUCCAGAAACGGCACUUGUAUUUCUCGCUGGUCCUUCCAGCGGCGACGGCGGCGGCGGCGGCGGCGGCUGCGGCUGCAGCAGCUGGCACAAGCCCGGAAGCGGAUGCUUCGAUCGUCGGCGGCUGGACCCGACCGCCUCGCUACCUGCAAUUCCUCAGCGAGGACGGUAACAUCUUGGAGGAGCAGGAGCUCACCACCAACGACUAUUACAACGCCACCGGCAAGAUUUGUGGCGUGUGGCGCAAAGUGCCGCGAGUCUACAAGCAGCUCCUGCGCGAGGAGAAACUGUGGGUGGCCCUGAUGGAGGACAAGGACGGUGAGGCCAUCACGGGCCGCGUGGCCCGCUACAAAGCCCUGUCCACCGAGCUGCUCAGCGCCGUCCUGACGCCGUCCGGCUCCGGCUCCUCUUCGGCCAACUGCCCGGCCUGCGGUGGCACGGCCGCCGUCUCCAUGGCCAGCGCCUCCAACAGCAUCCACGUCACCGUGGCCGUCUCGGGCCUCUCGUCCAGAGGCGCUGACGUCGAGACCUUCGUCGUCCGUCUGGAGACGCUGGAGACGGGCGCCCAUCCGUCCCGAGUCAUUGAGGAACUCGUCACCGUCCAGAAACCGCAAGAGGUGAACGUCGUUGAGGUCAGGACCGUUUUGGAAGCCCAGGAGAUGAGGCUCCUACUGCGCGGACACAUUGUGCUGAGCGUUCACGCCAAACGGGCGCCAGAUGUCCGGCUGAGAGGCCCGUUCGGCCCGCGCAUCGCCUGCGAUUUGUUCGACUCGCUCGUCACCACCGGCGACGCCAUUCCAGCCGAGUCCGGCGACCUCUCCGUCCAGCAGCAGUCGACGGCUCCUUCCUCUUCGGCCGGACUGGCCUGGAUGUACAUCGGCAAGACGGGCGCCAUCCACUACCGGAUCAAACUGCGCGGAUUCAAGUCGAAAGUCACCCGGGUCACCAUCGAGUCCAGCGGGUCCAGCAAGGCCAACAAGAAGCCCAGAGUCGUCGAAGAUGUGACCGACAUGUUGUCCGUCGUCGACGGGAAAGAGCCGGGCGGUGUCAGCUGGAUCAACGGAACGGUGGUCCGGCUGGCCGCCAAGGACCUGGAACUCCUCUACGAAGGCGAAUUGUACGUCAAUGUGGCGACAGAAGAGUUUCCAGUGUCGGAAAUCCGCGGUAAAUUGGUGCCCAGGCUGGCCGGCGAGUCGCACCUGGCCACGGAGAACGGGCCCGUCUUGCUGAAUCCGGUCGGAAACGCGACGGCCACCAACCGGGCGGCUCUCGGCUGGGUCCACGUCGACAAGGAGUGCAAUUUCCACUACGACGUGGCCGUCACCAGCUCGUUGGCGUCCGGCGGCGGAGGCCGGCCCAGGGACCAGCUGGCCAACAGUUUGACGGUUUUGGAGCUGGUCGACAUCCCGCGCCUCAGCAUCGAGCACGGCCACAACGGCGGAGGCACUUCGCCCGGCUCCGGCGGCAACAUCAUGCUGAUGGACGGAAGCGAGUCCAGCAGCAGCUCUGGAAAUCCCAACAGCAACUACGGCGAAAUCCCAUUCAUGCCCAACAUCCGGCUGCUGGAGGAGUUCUCCGGCUACCAGGUGGAGAACAGCGUGGCCGACUUGAACAAGCUCUCGCUGGCCCGGAUGGAGGCCGGAGUGGCUUACCUCAAGCUGACGGAAGCGCCCGUCAUUGGCACAGGGAAGCCGGGCGCCCAGUUCCAGGGCUGGUUGACCAACGUCCACGUUCCGGGCUCCUGUUUGCCCAUCGGCAUGGGCUCGCCGUCCGGCGUCGACGGCCUGUCGGGCGAGCAGUCGCUGCUGGGCGUCCAGGGCUACGUGUUCGACCGGGCCCAGGACGACAACAACGAGAUCCCCAUGGCGACCAGCCGCUGCUUCUACGAGGGUAAACUCUACGACGACGGAAAGGCCUGGACGGCCGAGCACGAUCGCUGCAUGAUGUGCUCCUGCCAGCGCGGGCGGGUCGUCUGCGAUCCCGUCGUCUGUCCGGCAAUCACCUGCUCCGGCCCUUCAUCCGCCAUCAUCCACCCGCCGGGCGACUGCUGUCCGCAGUGUGAAAAUGUGACUAAAACGGUGACGGAAUCGUCGCGCCAGGGUUGCCAUUUCGAAGGCGAUCAGAAAUUCCAUCCGGCCGGAAGCCGCUGGCAUCCCUACCUGCCGCCGUUCGGGUUCAGCAAAUGCGCCGUUUGCGUCUGCGACCCGGUGACUUUGAAAGUGGAGUGCACGAAAUUGACCUGCCCGGCGCUGAGCUGCCAGGAGGGCGAAGCUUACCGGCCGGACCCGAUGGCCUGUUGCAAGCAGUGUCCGGCAGCGCCGGCCACGACCACCCAAUCGACGGCGGCCCUGCUGGCCAACAAGGAGCUGCUGGGCGAGGAGGCCCAAGCUCGAGGCGAAGUCGACAUCCUCUCGUCCGGCGGCUGCCGAUUCAAAGGCGACGUCUUCGAGAAUGGCGAGGAGUGGCAUCCGCGCAUCCAGCCCUGGGGCGAGAUGAGAUGCAUCAACUGCAACUGCAAGGACGGGAAAGUCAAGUGCAAGCGGAAGAAGUGCGUGAAAACGCGUUGCAACGGAGGCCGGCCGGCGACAUCUCCCGCUGGAGCGGGAGCUGACGAUUGCUGUCCGUCGUGUCCGGAAGAUGGCCCCACCGUCUCUUCUGGAUCCUCGUCGUCGGCCGCCGUUUCGUCGGGCCACAAGAGCAACAACGGCGACGCCGACGCCAAGAAGAAGAGGCAGAGAGAGGGGCGGAGUCGCGUCGGCGCCGGAUCGCACAGCAGCCGGACGCAGCACAGCAGACAAUCCCAGCAUCAGCAACAUCCGACGGCUUGAAAGAAAACAACAAAACCAACACCAAAUAAUAAAUAAUUGGAAAAAUUAUUUCAACGGCCAUCGAACAAAAAACAAAAACCACAAAACUUUUUUUUUCGAAUUUUUCAAAUUUUCGCGCUAAAAAAAAACAUUUCAAACGCCAGGGGGAUAAAUCAACUCCUUUUUUUUACCGCUACAAAAAUUCCCCUCUCCUUUUCAAAUUCUUUCGAACUAAUUGUGACUAUAUUCGAAAUAAUAUUAUAGCUCACUCUUUUUAAAUAUAUGUAUAUAUAUUUAGUAUAUAUAUAUAUAUAUGUGUGUAUACUAAAGCUCCUUUUUUUCUUCUCCCCCCCGCGGCUAAUUAUUAUUAUAUCUAUACGUUAUUUUACAUAUUUUUUUCGUUUCGAAUAAUUCGAACGAUAUCGCAAAAAGUUAAAAAAACAAAACAGUCAAAUCACGAUUUUUUAAAUUUCUUUCUUUUGGCUGUUUGGCUCUCGCGCUUUUUUUUGAUAAUUUGUUUUUAAAUUGCCCCUCCCUCCCCCACUUUGCUUCUUUACGAUUGAUGGAACGUUUGUGCCAAACCGAACAAGAUGAUAUAACACACAACAAAUUAAUAUCCUACACAUACACACGAAAAUUAAAAAAAAAAAAUAAUACUAAGAGGGAUACUUGUAAAUAUCCGAAGAUUUUAUUGCGAGUCCUAAAGAAAGAAAGAAAAAAAGAGUCAAGAAGUUGAGAAAGAAAAAAAGAAUUUCAAUUUUCCUUUUUCUUUUUUCGGCACGCGCGCAGAAAACAAAAAAAGGGGAAAAACAUUUCAAGACAUUUUUUUGGCAUCCCUCCCGUUUUAAUUUUUUUAGAUAAUUGUAAUAAUUAAUUCAUUAAUUUUUUCAAUAAUAAUCCACCGCCGAAUUACAUUUAAAAAAAUAAUCGUCUGUGAAGCGAAAAGGAAAAAAAGAUUUUAAAUUCAAAAUGGAAAACAAAGAAAAAAAAACACAUAAACACACAUAAACUAGAGAAAAAUCCUGGUUGUGUCCAGUCUGAUGAGCUUAUUGUACCUAUUAUAUAAUAUCCACACACUGAAAAAAAACAAAAGUCUCGCUCGUGCCACACCCCCUCCCUCCUGCUAUAAUUAUUGUAAUUUCCCCACCCGAAUUUUUUUUUCGUACAUUUUUAUUCUUCUAUCGUGUCCGCUUGGAUUAUCGACAAAUAUCCACACACCACCAACCCCCACGCCCGUCAUUUGUUCAUUUUUCCCGUUUAAUUUUCAAUUCUCUCCUCGAAAAUUCAAUUCGAAUUUUUUUUUGUACAUAUAUAUUGAAUGUCUUCUAUUAUUGUGCAUGCCCAUUUUUAUUAUUGGUCAAAAUUUCAAAACAACAGUCUAAAAAGCAACAACAAUUAUUAUUUUUUUUCCUACUAAAAAUCGGAAUCGAGUUCAAAUGAGGGAUGAUAACGAACAAAAGAAGAAGGAAAACAGUCCACUAUUAUAGUUAAUGUGUAAUUCAAUUGCAAAAACGGAAACCAAAAGGUGGGGGGCAAUUAAACAACAGUUUAAAAAAAAAUAGCACAUCAAAAUAAUUAACAAUCUUUUUUUUUUAAUUAAAAAAAAAAACUUCGAUCGGGCGACAGACGAUGCAUUCCGAGUUACAAUCAAACAGCCAGGAAAAAAAAGAAUCAAGACAUUUUCAAAAAAAAAAAGAUCCCGCGCAUUUUUUUGUUUCAAAUUCAUUCACUUUUAAACUUUCUAAUUAAAUGACUGUCUCUCCUCUUACACAUCUACCGAUUAUGUUGGACAUAUUUUUCACGAGAUUUAUAGACACGCAGCAAAAUAAAAAAUAAAUCCAGUCACACACGCAAUAUACCACCCCCCAACCCCCACCCCCACCUGACUGACGACUGACGUCAUCUUAUCUGAUCAGAGGCUAUAUAUUAUUACAUUUAUGUUUUUCAUGUUUCUUUUUUUUUCGUUUAUCACUUGCAAUUUUCCACAACAAGAAGAAAAAAACAAAACAAAAUAACCAGCAACCACAUAUAAAAGAGCGCUCGCAGCCACCGCUACAUAGUGUAUAAUAAUAACAAUGUACGUUUAUUCUAAAAAUGAAAUUAUCUCUCCGGCCUUUUUAUUCUCUAAACAUUAUAUUCGUCACGCUCUCCGCUGCUAUGAUUAUUUCUCUCCUUUUUCGCUCCUCUCCAUCUAUAUAUAUAUAUAUGCUCUCUCUUUUGAAAUUAUUAUUCUAUAUACAAACUUCUCGUUGAUAUAUAAUAAUAAGAUCAAUGAUCCUGAAAUUGCUGGUCGUCUGUGUUUUCCGUCUUGUUUUUUUUUAUUGAAAAAUAGAGACCCGCGAAAUUCGAAUUUUUUCCGAGGGAAAGAAAUUUUCAACCAAUUUUUAAAAAAGGAUGAAAUAACAGAUCAAAUGAAAAAGAUGGCGCUGAAUUUUUUAUUUUUAUUUUUUUGUGUAUUUUUGACCUUCUGAUGACGUGAUGAUGAAAUUUUUCUCUUUUUUGUUUUGUUGUUUCUGUUUUGUAUAUGACGUGUUGUGCGUGUGGACGGAACAAGGAGAAUGUACAAAAGAAAAACAUAACGAAAAACACACGACAAACAAAUAUUUGAUGCUGAUGGAAAUUAAAAAAAUAGAAAACGACAUUUGUUACGACGAUCACAAACCAAUUUUUGUUUUUGUUUCGUUUUUUUAUUCUUUUCGUUAAAUGUAUAAUUGGCUUAUAUAUAUACAUAGAAAUGACGACAUUUUUCUGGUCAGAGCGCAACUAUUCAAUUAGAAAAAUUUUGUUUCGUCGAAUUAUUAUGAAUAGAUGUGGUCGAUUUUGGAUCGAAUUUGAAUAUAUAAAAUUUUUCCCCGAUGGUGUCAAACUCUUUUUCUAUAUAAUUCUGUCCAUAUUUUGUAACCGAAUGAUGGCGACGCGAAUCUUUCCGAUUGGCCGUGUGUGUUUAUUCCCUCUUCUUUUAUUUACAUAAACUAUUAUAUACAUCCUAUCAACUAUAUAUAUUUCUCUCCCGAAAUUAAUACAAUUCGAAUUUUGAUUGGC